AUGGCAAUGUCGAAGCAGCAGCUUGCUGGUAAACUAGCGCAGAAAACUUUAUCAUUAGAUGAUAAGAUCAAGUUUUUGGAUUUCGCCAAAAAAAAUCCAGAACUUGGAUGUAGAAAACUAGCAGACAUUUACAAGAUUGGAAAGACAGCCGCAGCAAAUAUUUUAAGAGACGAAAAGAAAAUUCGUGAACAACAUGAAAUUUUUCGUGAGAAAACAAAAAAACGUAACCGCCAUGGCAAGAAGGCGUUGGAAAUUAAGGAAAAACUUCAGAACAGCGAUUUUGAUAAUUUCUCCGCCUCUGACGGUUGGUUGGAUCGUUGGAAAACAACAUAUUCCGUCAAAGAACGUCGUAUUGUUGGUGAAGCUGGUGACGUUUCUACAGAAACGGUUACUUCCUGGAUGGAGAGGAUCAAAGAAUUGGUUGAAGGUUAUUCACUAGAAAAUAUUUGGAACAUGGACGAGUCUGGCUGUUUUUUUAAAGCUCUACCGGCCAAAGGGUUAGUGGAAAAAGGAAAACAAGCAAAAGGUGGGAAAAAGUCAAAGCUUAGAUUAACUGUCGCUUUUUUUGUAAAUGCAGCUGGGGAAAAGAUCGACCAGCCUGUUGUUAUCUGGAAGAGUAAAGUCCCGCGUUGUUUUAAAAAAUUGAAAGAUCCAUCGCGUCCAGCUAACGUUCACUACUUUUCAAAUCCUAAAUCUUGGAUGACAUCUCAAGUAAUGGAAACUGUACUGGCACGUUUUAACAGAAAACUUUUAUUUGAGGACAGAAAAGUUAUUCUUUUUCUGGACAACGCCACCUGUCAUCCGGAGUCAAUGAUAGGUCAGUUUUCACAAAUCAAAAUCAUUUUCUUACCGAAGAACACAACUUCAAGGCUUCAACCACUCGAUGCGGGGAUCAUCCAAAACUUCAAGGUGAAGUACAGAAAAAGACUGGUCAAAUACGUGCUUGCAAGGAUCCAGGAGAAUAAAUCUGCAACUGAAAUUAUCAAGAGCGUAGACAUACUUAUGGCUAUUCAAUGGGUUCAAGAUGCGUGGAAAGAAGUAACCAACUUGACCAUCAAAAAUUGUUUCGAGAAAUGUGGCGUAGUUCAAGGAGAAAGUGAAUUGAUGGAAGAUCAAGAAGAUGACUUGGAAUUUGAAGCUCUGGUGAAGGAAUUAACUGAAGAUAUGUCUGCUGCAGAAUACAUCGAUUUUGACGCCGAUGUUCCAGCUUCGGAGCCAAGAAUUAACGAAUUAGAAAUAAAUUGGCGACAUCAAAUCCGAGAAGCUAGCAUUAACGCAAUUGAAAAUCCAGAGAUGGCAUGUCAGGUCGAAGAGAUUUCCGAGGAUGAUGAUGAGAGUGAAGACGUGGUUGAAGAAGAAAUGCUUGGUUUCACCGAGCUAAUCACUAUGCUUGAUAAAAUUAAGCGAUCUACUAUUUUUGAUGAUACAUGCCAAGAAAUGUUGUCAACCAUUACGAAAAAGAUUGAGGAACUUCAGCUUCAAAAUAGAAAACAAUCCUCAAUCAAAGAUUAUUUCAAAUAG